AUGGCGAAAGGCGGGGCAAAGACGAGCCCAACAGACCCACUCCAAAAAGUAAUCGGAUCAAUUGGGAGAUAUCAACUUUGGAUAUUUUUUUUAAUGACUUUAACAAAGUUCCCGGUCGCUUUUAAUCAAAUGGCAAUUCUAUUUUUGUCUCCAAGAACACACUACUUAUGUACCACUUCAGGAAAAAACAACACAUGCCCAUGCCCAGAUCCAAAAUUUGACACUUCAAUAUUCACGAGGACUAUAAUCAUGGAAUGGAACUUGAUAUGCGACAGGAAAUGGCUGACCAGCUUUACACAGACAAUAUUUCAAUUUGGAACAUUAUUGGGCAGCGUACUUUUUGGAAUGGCUGCAGAUAGGUAUGGCAGAAAAGAUCCACUUCUUGUAGCUGUCGUCAUCCAACUAGUGUGUGGAAUAGGGGCUGUCUACUGUCCAGAUUAUUGGUCUUUUACAUUCAUGCGAUUCCUCAUUGGCUUGUCUGUGGGCGGUACCAUGGUUACUACAUUUGUAAUAGUCAUGGAAUUUGUUGGGACACACCAUAGACCUGUCAUCUCAGCUCUUUACCAAGUACCCUUUAACAUGGGCCACAUGUUGUUGCCAGUUUUCGCCUAUUUUAACAGAGACUAUAAAGAUUUCCAACUUGCUAUAUCCGUACCCGUCGUGAUCCUACUAUCAUACUUUUGCUUGGCUCCUGAGUCGCCAAGAUGGCUGUUAGCAGUAAAACGGAAUGAACAAGCUAUUAAGAUACUGGAGCGUGCUGCUAGAAUGAACAAAAUGCCUACAGACAAUAUCAAAUCAGACAUCGAGGCAUACCAAACCUCUAUAGCCUCAAAUCAAUUAAAGAAAGGAAACAUUUUAGAUCUUUUUCGAACUCCAAAUCUUCGGAAGAAUAUCAUAGCUAUGGCGUUCAAUUGGUUGACGUGUAGCUACUGUUUCUAUGGCGUGUCGCAGUAUGUGGGUCAGCUUAGUGGCAAUGUUUUCAUCAACGUGGCAUGUAGUGCUAGCGUCACCACGGUUGGCACAUUUGCCUCUAUUCCUCUUUUGAAAAUUAUUGGAAGAAAGACUAUUGUGAUAAUCUUUCACCUCAUUUGCGCAUGUUGUUUAUUAGUAUUAGCGGCAAUACCAGAAAGUCAAGCAUCUGUAGUUCUCGCGAGUAUCGGUGUCGUAUCUAGUUUCAUUGUGUUUGUUGUUGUAUAUUUAUAUUGUACGGAGUUGUUCCCUACAGUCGUGCGAAACGCGGCACUCGGCUUCUCGUCCAUGUCAGCUCGGAUCGGUUCUAUGAUAGCUCCCUUUGUGAUAGGAAUGAGAGAUAAAGCAUUGUGGAUGCCUCCGGUUAUAUUUGCCGCGUUUCCUUUGGUAGCAGCUUGCGUAACAUUUCUAUUGCCCGAAACGAAGGAUUGUGAACUGACAACCACUAUCGCAGAGGGUGAAGCGUUUGGAAAAAAACCCCCAAAGUAAAUUAUAAAGUUGUUCUAAAGACUACAUUACUUACCUAUUGAAGAUGAUGCUUCAAUAGAUAAGUAAUGUAUGAGGGUUAAAGGAGGGUUUCAAAUUACUGUCAUAUAAAUAUUUGAACUUAUUUCGUUUAUAUUCCAGUAUACUGUGACUAUUAGCGUUAGAAAAUCAAUAUAAAAACGUGUUAUGUACAAAUUGUAGAUUGAACCGCAAGGACAGCCCACUGUGAGCAACAAGUCAAAAUUGUAUUUAUCUAUUUUUUACACGACAUGAAAACUUGUUAUUUAUGUGAAAUAUGGCUUAUUCUUUCAAGAAUGCCUAAAUGUGUUUAAAAGUGAUGAUUUUGAAAAUACCUGUAGGUAUACUCAAACAUUGAUUAAAGCUGGCAAGUACGUACGAAAUUUGUUAACGUUGAACAAAAGUUUACCUGCCUAUCUAUUUACCAUACGAGACAGUGUAAUGUCAAUACUAAUAGAAGAGUGAAAAGGAGAUGUUUCAAAAUAUAUGGAGCCCCGGCCUACUCUUUGUACACUAUCCUAAAAAUAGGGGAAGUAACUUAAGCAGUUUUCAAUAGUCUAUUUACUUUAAUUUGGCUUUGUUCGGCUGUAAAAAACAAAAAUAUACACAACAGUUAUCCAUCACGGCGAUAAGGCUAAUGCACAAUACACUGGCGAUUUUACAGCCCGCGCCGAUGUCCUCUCAACAAAGCUGCCGCAGACCAUCAAACUACACGGAUUGUGGUUUAUCGCUGCCCAUUGUUCAUUUCAACAUGGAUGUGACAAUGGUUCUCGCAGAAUGAGUUGACAGCGGGAAACUGUCCGUGAAGUUUGAAGCGGCGGUUUGAUGCUGCAUGCAUGUGGCGAUCGUGUUACUCCCGCUUGUAAACCUAGGUGAGGAACUGCGCAGUGUAGUAUGCAGCACACAACUUCUGUAUUACCACUGUGUCUCCCGCAGCGGGCGAACAGUCGCAUGCAGUGUAGAAUGGGCCUUAGCUGUUGUCAUCGUGAUUGAUUAAUGACGUUUAACAUGUUUAUUGGUCUUUACCGUCAAAUCUAUGGUUAACUGAAAUUUUUUAGUCACAGACCGUCUU